CGCUGAAGGUCGAGGCAUUGGCGGCGCCUUGGCGGCCCGUGAUGUGCGUCAAAGCGCCGGUCAAGCACGCUAAUCUCUUACUGUCACCGAGGGGCCUCGCAAAAACACGCAACCUCAACCAGCGACAAACUUCAAACCGCUAUAAUUCGCGCUACAAGCGAGCCGGGAAGCUCAAGCUUCGUCAGCGCCAUCCUCAACACCAUAUCUACCGAUUGAUGUACAUCACAGUGAUACAGGUUGCGGGUUGAUGAUGAAAGAGGGGUGCCGCGUUGUUAGAGAGGGCUUGUCAAGCUGGGAUGAGCGCGACGCAUGCUCCUGAGUCGGGGCAAACAACUCCGCUGCAACACAGCAUCCAAGACGCACAGCAACACGCGAGUGCUUCACAAUCAUUACUGGACAGCACGAGCGCAGUCGAUGCAUGUCUUGGUGACGACGAUAAGGCCGCAAUUGAUGACUCCUACAUCAAGAUUGAAGAAGGCAUAAGCGAGCAUCAGCAGGAUGAUGACGAUACAACCACGACCUCACUACGACCGGACCCACAGCCGAGUACAAAGAGGCGAGAGUCCGCAGCAGCAGACAUAACGCCAUCUUCCGAUCUCCAUGCUAAGAACAAAAAGCGCAAGCGUGGCGCAUCCCCACCAUGGCAGUUCGGUACGGUCGAGAAGAGCGCGGUGAAGACGGCAGAUGGUCGGCGCAUCUCUGCACGCGUCAAUGUUGGAACACCGUUGGUGAGUGAAGCAGAGAGUCAGGGUCGGAGCGGGAGCCAGUCGGCGACGCGGUCAAGGCCGCCGAGUCCGCCAUGGAAGAAGUUCGAGGCAGAGGGUCCGACGUCAGUCAACGUCGAUGGCGUGCGUAAGAGCGGCCGCGUGAACAAGGAGUUGACACAGCAACCCAAGCCAAUCCGAACCAGUCCACGGCAGAAAAAGCAGGUUGACAAGGCGGCUGAGCAUGAGCGGGUCGCUGCAGUGCCAAGACCUGUCUCACGUGGCAAAGCUUCGCGGCCAGACAAGGAAGGUGCGACGGUGGUGGUUAGGGAUGAUGUCCGAAGGUCGCAGAGCCCAGCUAGCAAGAUUGCUGAACUAAAGGCGAAGAUUGCGGCCUUGCAACCCAGUCGUUCGUUUGACUCCUCUCCAGAGGAGGAGACGAAGCCUGCAAGCGGCAUUCACAAGCGCAAACGGAGCGAUGACGCUAUCCGAGACCGCAAAUCAUCGUCACCGAGAAUUACUCGCAGGGCCCUGCAGCCAGGACGUCCUUCAGCUUCACCUAUGGUCACGCGACCAUCACCAAGGCUCAAGCUGAAGUUCAGCGGUGCAAAGAAAGUCAUUGCACCACCGCACCCGCAGUCUACGCCACGAGCUCCAGCAAGGCCGCCACUGUUGAGCUUGUCGCAAGUCAUCGAACCGCACGAACUUCGCGAGCUGCAGCAGCCGUACAUGGAGAAUGAGCGAGGUCCGCCUGGUGUGCAAUUCUUCCGCACUAAGAAUGAGCGACUUGCAUUUGAGGAGGGCGAGAUGCGGAAGAAACUUGUUGAAGCAGCUAAGCCUGGUGGCGCCCUCAGCGUUGAAGCGUGCAGUAUCUACGAGAUUGAUGACGGACAAGAGGAGCCCCCACAACCGAACACACACGCUGAUGCCCUUGCCAAGCAUGCUGUCUUCUUCCGCAACGACUACCAGAAGUGGCGGGCGGACUGCACCAAAAGGCUUAAGAAGAUCGCCUAUGAAGCACAAGAGCUUUGGAAGAAAUGGCAAGGUCCGACAGAAGAAGACAUUCGUGCCGAGCAGGAUCGCAUCUUCCGCUUGAUUCACAAGCAAGUUGUCUCCGAUAUGCGCGCCAAGUGGGAUAUGGUUGGCUCGUACGUGCAGCAAUUGCGUAAGGAGCGGUGGGAGGCCGAGGAGGAUGCAAGGAGGCAGGAGCGGUUGCAGAGACAGCUCGAGCAGGCACAAGCUAUGGUGUCGAAGCAGAGAGGUGACGAGGACGACGAUAGUGAUGUUAAAAUGGAAGAUGACACCGCCAGCGAUGUCGACGAUGGCGAGUCUGAAGGCGAUGCGGAGGAGGAAGGCGACUACAACCUCAGCGAGUCGGCAAGUGAUGAUGAUGAAGAUGAAGGAGAGAUGACCGGAGAUGCUCUGGAGGCGUAUCUGGCAGCUAAUCCGAGGGCUGAUCCGCCUGACAAAGAUCCUGUCGACGAGGAGCAAGACACUGACCCUGACGCCACAGCGAGCCAUCAUCCUACCGAUCUGCCGUUACCGCUGCUGCUGCCGAACGAUUCGACUGCUGACCGGACACUGGAGAAGUUCGCUAACCUUGAUUCUGCCUUCGCAGGGUCUCCGGAUGAAGAGCACGUCGAUGGCCUUGCUGCACUCCUUCAGCCGCAAGACGAAGACGAAGAUGAGCACGACCAAGAAGACCAGGACCAGUACUUGCCCGACGUUGAAUUCGUCGAAGAAGCCGAGCAAAACGCCCUGAAUGUUGCUGCGACCGACCGUACUUCGAAAUUGCGCUCUUCGCCCGCUGCUGCCGAUAUCGCUCCAAACCGAGCUGACCCCGACGAUGCUGACAUUGAUCUCUCAGAUGACGAGUCAGUCGACAUGGAAGACUCCGAUGAAGAUAUGAGUAGCACGGGCGAUGAAGAUGAAGCUGCCGGGUCUGAUGACGAUAGAAGCUCUGUGGACGCUCAGGUUGAGGAGGCCGGACUGUCGACGGUGGGCCUCCUUUUCGGCAGAAAGCAGUUGACGACUGUAUUGGGCUUGCCAACUCCGACGACCAGUGCUGAGGGCGAUGCCGCGAGGGACAGGACAGCGGAGCCAGUGUCCGCGGACGAGCAUGGCGAUGCUGCUGACUUGCAGGCGAAGGCUUGGAUCGCAGAUGCUGAAUGCGUGGAGGAUCCUGCUCCGACAGUAGAAAUUGACGCUUCUAUGCAGGAUGCCGACGCCCUAAAUGAUGGACAUGACGACGAGCAACCAGCGGCAGAGCCAAUGGACGGUGUGACGACCGUCACAGCACCGCGCAGUCCAAGUCCGGAGGCUGCGCUUGCGCUAAAGCAGCUGGUGCCGGUACCGACGUUAAUUCGAGGUACUCUUCGCUCGUAUCAACACACUGGGCUCGAUUGGCUAGCUUCCCUUCACCGCAACGGCAUCAACGGCAUCCUGGCCGACGAAAUGGGUCUCGGCAAGACCAUUCAAACGAUAGCACUGCUUGGGCAUCUUGCCGAGCAUUGUGGCAUUUGGGAGCCGCACUUGAUCAUUGUACCCACUUCGGUCAUACUCAACUGGGUCGCUGAGUUUCAGAAAUUCCUGCCUGGCUUUCGCGUCCUGGCCUACUACGGCACUGCGGAGGAGCGCGCGUUUAAGCGCCAAGGCUGGGUCAACGACCCGCACCUUGAGGAUAGGAACAAGCGAGGCUACAAUGUCAUCAUCACGUCUUAUCAAAUAGCGAUGGCGGAUCGAAAUGCCAUCCGCAACGUACAAUGGCAUUAUCUGGUGCUGGAUGAGGCGCACACGAUUCGUAACUUCAACAGCCAGCGCUGGCAGACGCUCAUUCGUCUAAAGACUAAGGCGAGGCUCUUAUUGACUGGAACGCCGUUGCAGAACUCGCUUACUGAGCUGUGGUCGCUACUGACUUUCUUAACUGCUGGAGAUGACGAUCCUGCCCAUGGCGACCUGGAAGAGUUUCUCUCGCACUGGAAAGAGCCCGUCAAGGAGAUCUUUGACCGCGGCGUUCAGACUCUGUCUCAACAAGCGCAGAAGGUCGUCGAUCAGCUACACGUUUCACUGCGUCCCUUCUUGCUCCGCCGCUUGAAGUCCGAGGUUGAGAAACAACUGCCGAAGAAGACGGAGAAGGUCAUUGUCUGCAAACUCAGCAAGAGACAACGGCAACUCUAUCAGGAGUACAUGGGCUUGGCUUCGACGAGGGAGAGCUUAAUGAAAGGCAAUGCGAUAUCUGCAGGCAAGGUGUUGAUGAGCUUGCGGAAAGUAUGCAAUCAUCCUGAUCAGUUUGAUCCUAGACCUAUCCAGACGAGCUAUGCCAUGGAGGUAGCCGCUGCGGAGCCAUUUGCUGUCAAAGAGCGCGCCAUCCGGAAAUUGCUGGGCGACGAGACGCAGAUCCCGCAUUUUUUGAUGCUUGCCGCACUAGAAGGCAAGAGAAAGGGCAUGCUUAAGAGGAGCAGGGAGCUUGACGCUACAAAGGUCCUGCGGCAUCAAGUGCGCGAAAUGGAGGCGCAGCAAGCACCGACGGCUGAGCUUUCAACACCUGCCGGCUGCCUUGUCCUAUCUCGGCUGCGAAAGCGUAACAGGAAGUUACAGCAUUUGCGAGACAGCAUACAAGCUACGCAGGCGUCCAUAAGCGAUUCGCCAGUCUUCGGCUCGGACCUGAGAGAACUGGUUUCACUGCGCAGAAGCAGCCCGUAUACCGCCAGAUCGCGGCGCGUGCAGCCUCAAAGCUACGUCCGCUCGUUGCGCACCUGGCCUGCCCUCGGUCACCGACCCUUAGCGCUCGAGCAUCGCUCUGACUGGCUCCUCUCGCAGACAACGAACCUUCAGCAAGAUAUUUGGAGCCUUGACCGCAUGGCGGAGAAUCUGCACGACACCAUCUUUCGCUUCGCUUUCUGUACACCUGUGGCUACGGCGCCUGUCCUUGACAACGUCAUCCCAAUACGGAGCCAGAAACUGCUUCGAGCAAUAGACGCAUAUCCAAAUGGCCACGACUUCGCCCAAGAAGCGCGAGUCCGCACGUCGAUCGCCUUCCCAGACUCUCGCUUACUGAUCUACGAUUCCGGCAAGCUGCAGCGCCUUAGCAUGCUUCUUCGCGAGCAAUUAGCGAAAGGCUCACGCAGUCUCAUCUUCACGCAGAUGUCACUGACUCUCAACAUCCUCGAGUCCUUCCUCAAUCUCCUCGGUCUGCCAUACCUACGCCUCGAUGGUAGUACGAGCCCAGAGCGGCGUAUGCUCUACUCAUCUGAGUUCAAUCGGCCGGAUUCGAAGUACGCUUGUAUGAUCCUGUCUUCUCGCGCUGGUGGUGUGGGUCUCAACCUUACCGGCGCGAGUACCGUUAUCUUCUACGACUUGGACUGGAACCCGCAGAUGGAUCGUCAAUGCAUGGAUCGUGCGCACCGAAUCGGUCAAGUGCGGGAUGUGGAAGUGUUCAAGAUGGUCAGCGAAAAGACGGUGGAAGAAAAUAUCUUGCGGCGGGCUAAUCAGAAGAGUCUCUUGGAUCAGACUGUCAUUCAGGAAGGGCACUUUACGACUGAGUAUCAGCAGCCUUCAGCGCCACAGGAUAUUGCGCAUGGCGAAGUUGGCGAUGAGGAUGAAGACGACAUCCAGGCUGCUAUUGAGCGUGUCUUUGGUAAUGACAAGACGGCUGCGCAGGCUAUAGCGUCUGUCGAAGACCAGGAGGAUGUUCAGGCAGCAGAGAAGGCGUGGAAGGAGGAGAACGCGGACGCUGAUGAGUUCAACGAGCGCGCUUCUAGCAAAGGCCGCUCGGUGGCGCCUACUCCGGGUCCUUCAGGCACGAUCAUGGAUGGUGAUGAGCUGGACGAGGAUGCGAAGGGGCAUCUGGAUGGGUGGAUGAUCUCGACGAUGGAGUGGAUACUGAAGGAUGUGCCGUUUGUGCCGCCAGUGGUGAGGAAGGUGGACAAGCAUGGUAGGGAUCCGAGUCAUCGGCCGAAGAGGAGGAGAUGAAUAUGCUCGCCAACGUCGUAAUCCACUUGGGAUCAUUGACCAGAACAAGCGAAGCUGCAGAUGCAUUAGCGCCAUGCUCGCUGUGUACCUUUAUGUGAGAAUAGUCGAGCAUACAGAGAACAAGAAAUCAUUCGAAGCGUUACAGAGGCGCGCUCUCUCCACCAG